AGCUGCUGAGAGUUGUUCUCUCUCUCUCUCUCUCUCUCCCCUUUGAGGUCUUUUUGAGGAGUGAAGAAACAAAAUUGAGAAAUGGCUUCGUUUAAGUUAAAGCUAGACUCGUGAAGCCGCCACAAUGGAAGUGAACGUCUCCAUGGCCAGAAGCAGCAACAGUGGCGGCGGUGUUGGUAGUGGCGGUGGCGAUAGGCCGAUGGACCUGGCUCCGCAAGAGUACCGCACGGCCGGCCUGGUCUUCUACUGUUUCCUGUUCGUCAUUGGCUUCGUCGUUAACAUCUCGGCGCUCUGGGUGUUCGCCAUGACGACCAAGAAGCGGAGCUCGGUGACGGUGCACAUGAUCAACGUGGCUCUAGUGGACCUGCUCUUCAUCCUCUUGCUGCCCUUCCGCAUGGUCUACUACUCCUGGGACUACUGGCCGUUCGGCGACAUCUUCUGCCGGGUGAGCGCCGCGCUGACCGUCUUCUACCCGUGCAUGGCCCUCUGGGUGUUCGCCCUGAUCAGCGCCGAUCGCUACGUGGCUAUCGUCCAGCCGCGCCACAGCCGCGAGCUCAAGAACCCACGCAAGGCGCUGGUGUCCUGCGCCGGCAUCUGGGUGAUGACGCUGGGCUGCACGGCGCCUUUGCUCUUCCCCGACGACGACCCGGACGCCAAAAUGGCCGCCGCCGCGGGUGGGAACUUCACCACGUGCUUGAAGAUGCGCGACAUCGUGCACCUGCGCCGUGACAACCCCAUCAACUUUGUGCGCCUCAUCUUCUUCUUCCUGGUACCCAUGUGCAUCAUGGUGGGUUGCUAUGGCGUCAUCGUGGACAACCUGAUGCACGGCCGGACCUCCAAGCUCAAGCCCAAGGUCAAACAGAAGUCCAUACGCAUCAUCGUCACGCUCAUCAUACAGGUGCUGGUGUGCUUCGUGCCGUACCACGUCUGCUUCGUCUUCCUGCUGCUGUCUCCGUCGCCCCCUAUGGGGGAGGAGGGCAACAGCAACAGCUACAGCUACAGCAGCUGGGGUGCCUUCACCACCUUGCUCAUGAACCUGAGCACCGUGCUGGACAUCGUGCUCUACUACAUCGUCUCCAAGCAGUUCCAGGACCGCGUCCUCAGCGUCAUGCUCUACCGGAACUACCUGCGGAGCGUGCGGAGGAAGAGCAUGCACACAGGCAGCAGCGUGCGAUCGCUUAGCAACCUCACCAGUGCCAUGAUCUGAGGUAGAGCGAGGUGAGGGGCAUGCUCGGAGCGACAGAGACAAAUAUCAACACACAUUGGUUGUUGGGAAAAACAAAAAACAAAAACAAAUGGGGGAACGGGGAGACUGGAAAGCGUAUGGAGAUGUUGGCCUAUGGAGCUGUGUUGAUUGGGCUGAGAUGGAGACUCUGAUGGAUGGAUGGAUGGAUGGAUGGAU